UCCAGUGUUGCCCCGCGCCUCGGCUGUGGAGCCACGCUCUCGCAAGCCCCGAGCGCGGAGAGAUACCAGCGCCAUCUACCCGCCGCAAGCAGGAAGCUCCACUGCGCUUCACCCUUAAGUGGAGUGUAUCUGUGACGAAUUCGCGCACUAUUAUCCUGGCUCGCUGUGAGAGUUCUGCAGUGCUGCGAAUCCAUAAGUUGAUCUUUGCCUUGAAAACCAAUCAGUCACCAAACUCUGAAGGGUCCAGUCAACACCAUACGAUCCAGUGCUGGGUGAGUUACAUUUCCAAGUAAUUUAUGUCAUAUAGACCUGAGUCAAUUAGCUGGUUUUACUCUAGAUAGAAACGGUUAACGGGUAUUUAUUUCAAACCACUCUACGAAAUAUAUAUAUCUAUGUACUCGGUAGGUGGAACACAGAUAAUGUUCAAGCGUCAUGCCAAAUUGUGUUGACUGUUAGUGGAUACGAUGCUGCGAUUACAGAUUUGACGUACAGUCAAAGCACGGCGGACUUACCAUUCGAAGAGAGGGCCGAUAUGUUAAAUGUGUACGGACUGGCGAAAAGAAAAUUCAGCAGGAGCUGUGCGCAUUAUCCAAGGGCGGUUUCACAAAAGACAUGUACCGAAUAAGAAUACCUUCGCACGGCUUAAACAGUGACGACUGAAACUGGGAAUUCCAUACGCCAAACUGCAGGAAGCUAACUACAAGACAUUAGUACACAUGGAGCGUUGAAACGCGCGCUAGAGCACGCGUUGAAGCGAACACGCGCUUGCAGCGGGCGGCCUCACGUUCACCCCAGCAGUUUCACAAUGUCGAAGAGAUCGCAUAUCACUGGUAUCUAUGUAAUAAUUAAUAAGUUAACAGACAAAGACAAAGACAAACGUUGCAAAUGUUUUGAAAUAGGAAACUUCUCUGUUCGUUGGUGUUGUCGUUGUGUUGUCCAGGUUUUGUUGUCUGCCUGAAUUUACUGUUAUUGUUGAAGCUGUCUCGUUGUAUUUGUCUGUGCUGUUAUUAUUUUUUUAAAUUACCAAAUUCCUUCCACAUAUUUCUUGCGUCGUCUGAUAUUUAAGUUUAAAUGUGUUCGUCUGUGCUGCCACCGUUGUGUUGUCCAAAAUACCUGUUUUUGUUCAUCAUUGGAUUUAUCUGUUUGACGUCAGCUGGUAUAGGCUUGUUGUCUGUGGGUUUAUGUUUUCAUUUUAAUUUCUUAAUUUUGUUCUUUAAUUUUUUCCAUAACAAACAGUGCAAAACUACCAUGGCGUUAUGUCCAAGGAAUUGUAUUUAAUCGAUAAUAUUAGGUCCAUCAUGUUUUAAAAGAUAAAUUUUCAUUCGGGAUGAUUUCGGGACGGGUAUACUGAUGAACACAUACAAUAUGUGUAGUUAUCAUAGGGCAUCCGAGCUCUGGCUUCGAGCUGAAGAGCAAGUAGCCGACCGACAUCUUAGAUUUUAACGUCACGGCGGUAAUAAUCGACUCGAAAUUCCUCAAAAAUGACGCAAAAAUAUCUCAAAAUGAUUAUAAAUUCCUAGAAAUUCCCUAUUUUGAGGAAAAAAUUCCCGUUUUAAGGGAAAAUUCACCGUAUAGUUCCAAAAAAAUUUUAAAAUUCAGAAUUCGAAAAACAUCAAAAGAAUUUUGCCUUAGAAAGAACCAAAAUUCCUACAAAUUACUUAAAACUCCUAAGAGGAAGCCACUCUUAAGCCGCCAAGGUCACAACCUUGACCUAGACCAUAAAAUUUAAAUUCUUUAAUUUUUGAAUAAAAAAAUUAUAAAAAAUUAGCUACUACAAAUGUUUAGUUAGUUGAUUUAUUUUGUUCCUCGGUUUGAUUCCCGUCAAUUGUAAAAAUGCAAUUAAGUAAUUAAAAUAUAAAAAAAUUCUUAGUAAAAAUUAAAAAUAUAAAUAAAAAUUUCUUACUUCACACCAAACAUCUGAAAUUAUGACGUAACCGCUGUAAUUAUCGUUACGGUCACCAUCUUGAAAAUUUGUAUUUUUUAUGAUAAAAAAUAGUGAAAUACUUAAAAAUAUUUAAAAAAUAUAUUUAUAAAAUUUAAAUACAACAUUACGUUAUCUUGAAUUUAAAAUCACCGUUGAAAAUUUCGUUAUGGUCGCCAUAUUCGAUUCUAAAAACGAUUCACUUUUCGUUACGCCCGUCAUCUUGAAUGUUUGUGAUGUCAUCGUUAAACCUUUAGUUGCGACCGCCAUCUUGGAUUAUGAUGUCUCGACCGCUUUACUAAAAAUUCACAAUUAUUAUGUGUUUUAAUGAGAAAUAUUAAAAAUUUUAUUUAUUAAAUUUUAACAAAUUAUUAUUUAAACAACGCACUUACAGCAUGGCUUGUACUAGAACUAUAUCCUUGCUCAACAAAGGAGAUGUUCACAAGCUGGCAGAAACUGUUUUUGUAAUUUUUAUAUUCAAAUAUUGUUUUUAUUAUUAUUAUUUUUUUUUUUUCCUAAGAUAUUCUGAUAUUAGGAAAUACGUGCGUUGGUUUUCUCCGUGUGCUCCUGAAUAAUUGAACCAAUAUUUUGUUGGUAUUCUUGUGUGUUCCUUACUAUUCCUGUCGACACUUCUGUUGAUAUUCUGCGAGUGCUUAUGUUUAUUUCUGAUAAAUCAAUAUCUGCAAAAAAUAAUUUUUUACUUGAUGAGUCAAGCAAUUUGAUUUUGAGUUACCUUUAAAUUGUGAAUUUCUGCUAUCAAAUUAUCACUAAACAUAUUUUUUAUCAGGUGGAUUUCAAACAAGAAAAAUCCAUUACUCUGUCAAAUAAUAUGCCCUGAGACAGAUAGGAAGCACUAACAUGCAAGACGAACUUUUUUUCUCCUUGAUGUCUAGCGAAGCCUUCAUUCUUUUGUGAUCGUUAUUGAGCAUCCCGCAUCUCACAUAAUAUAAAUAUUAUUUACCUACAUGCAACACGUGCCAUCAUCUGUUGGCAAGAAUCAGGAAAAGCUAAAACAAGUUCUUUUGCAUGAGAUAAAUUAACUCUCGCAGCUGUGUGGAGAAAAAACAGUGAGAGCCAAGUAGUCUCGUAGCCUCGUAGACUUGUAGCCUAGUAGUUUUGUAGCCUCGUAGCCAGUUGAAGCUUUGUAGUUUCGUAUUCUCGUAGCUUCGUAGCCUCCUAGUCUCGUAGCCAAAUAACAGCUUAGCUUAAGACAGCUGGAGCCCAAGACAGCUGGAGCCAAAUACUUUUGGAGUCAAAGACUUUUUGGGGCCAAAGACUCUGGAGCCAAAGACUGUUGGAACCCAACACUGUUGGAGCCAAUGACUGUUGGAGCCAAUGACUAUUGGUGCCAAUGACUGUUGGAACCAAAUACAGUUGGAGCCAAUGACCAUUGGAACCAAUGACCGAUGGAUUCAAUGAACGUUGGAGCCAAAGACCUUUGGAGCAAAUGACUGUUGAAGGCAAUGACUGUUGGAGCCAAUGACCGUUAAAGCCAAUGACUGUUGUAGCCAAUUACUGUUUGAGCCAAUGACUUUUGGAGCCAAUAACAUUUUGAGCCAAAUGACUUCUGAAGCAAAUGUCCAUUGGAAGCAUUAUAUCCUAUGGUAAAAUUGGCGAUCGCAUGCUACUAAGUUGAAUGUUCGUUAAAUAUACGUAAUAAAGGCUUAUUAUCGUAUCUUACUGAUGAGAACGUAUCACACAAAGUUGAAUUUUUCUUCCAAAUGUGCUUUCUUUAAGUCAAAUGUAUAUUCUGUGUGUGUGUUUAUGUAUGUUAUGUGUUCAUUGAGUGUAUUGUGUGUGUUUAUUGCUUGUCACCUGCAUGUCCUGUGUGUGUGUACUGUGUGUCCAUUGCAUGUCAAUUGCAUGUCCAGUGUGUGUAAUUGGGUGUACAUUAUGUGUCCGGUGUGUGUAAUAGUGUGUGCAUUGCGUGUGAUCCGUAUAAUUGUCCGUACACUUCGUGUCAUGUGUGUGUGAUUGUGUGUUAACUUCAUGUCUUCUGUGUGUAUUGUACGUCCAUUGCGAAUACACAGCGUGUGUAUUACGUGCCCAUUUCUUUUGAAGAAUUUCCUUCUAAUAGUACUACUUUUUUUGUGUGCAUCUUUUAGAAUGUUGGUUUGACUCGUGUAUUAUAUUAAAUUGUUCUUGUAUCGACUACCAUAAAAUUUAACUGUUGGCGGGUACAUAAGCGAGUCCCCAGACGGCGGGUCUUUUAGUUUGUUACUUGCUGCGGCGGUGUCAAGAUCACCUAUUUGGUUUCAUCUGGAACAUAAGUCGCGUAAUCAAUGGUUCUUGUAAACUCGAUGGCAUCUUUACUGUCCUUAACAUCGAACUCGAAGGAAGAAUUACCAUCAUCUACGGGAACCCUGACGUCAUCGUUGAUGAUUGUGGCACAGAUAACGGUGGCAACGUCAACGACAACACUAGAAUAGACUUCAACAGUCCUGCUACUACCAGCAGAAGAGAGCUUAAUGACUACAUUGCUGGCUGCAGAGGAAACCAUGGAGAACGUAUUUUCGCCCUCGAUGGAGACUUCAGUUCAUGGUGAUUCCACAACUACUAUCAAGCAUCAAUGUCGUUACCCUAACAAGGUAUUCUCAAACAACUGUAAUGCUCGACCACAAAAGAGAAGAUUGAAGAGAGAUUGUCUAAGAAUCCUCCAAGCAAAAAGUUUGGCUGUAUGAAAUGUCAUAAGCCGUUUACCAGAAAAGAUCAUAUAAAAUGCACUUGAAGACAUGGAGAGGUCGUGCUGCACUGCAAAAAGUAAAGGUUUUGCUGCAACAACGAUGCAUCGAUGUGCAUAAGAGUACACUGGGCAUUGGUACAACUGCAGAAAUAUCAGUAUCUGGUUUGGCCAUGAAAGGUUAGUCUUCAUCAACUAGACAUCCUUGCAGCUACCGUGAUAUGUCGUUAGUAUUUUCCAAUGAUUUACGAAGAUAUGAGAGAAGCAAAUGUGUAAAGAAUCCUUCUCGUACGAUGUUUCGCUGUGACGAGUGCCACAUUUGAUUUACACGUACCGACAGUUUGCUACGGCAUGCGAAAAAAAAAAUGAAAAGGUGAAGUCCGUGUGCCUACUUAGGAAAUACCUGCAGACAUUUGGACUCCUCGUUUUAGAAUGGAGACUCGUUUGCGUACAAGCACUGUGCCGGAAUUGAGGUAUUUCGGCACAUUUUUUUAAAAAUUGUUAUUAUAAUUUUAAAUUAUUUUUGGAAAUUUUAUUUCCUAUAUAAUUUAGUUACAAAAGGGUGAUCUACACUUUGUUAGGCUGGUGUACUCUACUUAGUUAAAAUUUGUGCCAGUGGACCGAAUCACCUUUUCUCAGGAACCAAUCUGAUAUUUUGCUAGUCUAAUUUAGACGUUAGCAGCCCAUAUGAAAUUUCUCCCGCUUACAGUCACGUUCCCGGCCUGUAACAUUAUUUCUCUGCAUGACUAAAAUAACAUAGAUCAGCUUCGGCCUGUGAGCUCUAUUUCUCAGAGACCCGCUGAGACUAGCGAGUCUCGGCACGAACGAGGAUCCCGUGGACCCCCGUUCCCAGCACAGUUGCGUUUUUGUAACCCAUCUCCCCCACAGCUACCCACCUAGAUUCUCAGAAUUUAGCCCAGGAUCAUUGACCUGACGUGAACCUGCCGGGCGGUGUCCGAUUUCAAGGACAUUUUGCCAUAGGAAAAAUAUGUGCAAGGAUGGACCACCCACGACAUCUAGCGGCAGAAAGAGUAACUUCUUCUCUUGGCGCCAGCGAGUGGAGCUAAUGCCCGCAACACCUGUUGGCGAUCUUGCUAACCUACCCCUUCUUUCCCCUUUAGGCCGCCAGAUGCAGCACCGGCUGCGCCAUAAGGCCCCAUGCUUCCUCCUCGCGGCCUGUAAAAUUCGAUUGUAUGUUAAUUUCUGUGCCUGCCGGUAGAGACCGCAGCAGUCGCCCUUCGGCGCAAACAACUGAAGUCAUGGCUACGACCACCUCGGUCACCUCCGGAAGUUUUCGGCCCAGAGCUGAACCUUCCCCCUCUGUUUCCCUAGGGCCGACCGCCCGUUUUAAUUAGGAGUUUUGUCCGCUAUCGCCGGCACUCUGACUUCGGCUACUUACUGCGUCAUAUCGGCGUCACCUCUGUUAAGAGGCUUUCGCGGCAACGAUGAACUCGUUCGAAUAAGGAAUGUAGUCAGCUGUGUUAAGGGAUGUGAUCCCAGCUUCAAAAUUCAGUAGUAGCCAGUCAGUAGUGGUAAUUAGAAAACAAGUUAUGUUUUAGUUUAAAGUUUAUUAAUUUUUUUUAUCUUACUAAAUGAUGAUUUCUGCCGCGUCAUGCACGCAAUUCUCAGUCCACGCCUUUCGGAUGUCAGCGCGAGACAUUUCCUGAGCCCAGGAGCUACACCCUGUUUGGUGAGUUUUAGGUCUCCUUUUCCUCCCCGAAUUCCCGUUUGUUGGCCUUUUCACGCCGACUGUAUUUGACUGUCUGGAAGCAGGUCUGAUUCGUCGGAAUUACGCUUGUGUUUCAAACAGGGUCCAACAUUUGGGCGCCGAAAUUUCACCCAUCAUGUUGUCCAGGACCUCCAACUUCAUUUCUCUCUAAGAGGAGUUUCCUCCCGGCCAGAUGUCUAACUUGAAGCCCCGGGGGAUAUCUAAAAUAUAACUUCUCCCUACAAGCAACGAAAGAACUUACCUUAAUAAAUACCAGUGAGCAGUGCCAUAGAGAACUUAUCAAAUCAGAAUAUGUGAAAUUGUUACAGUAAUGAGUGGACGAAUCUAACCUGCUAUAAAAUGUCUUUUUUUUGUUGUUUACAGUAUAGUAUAACGUGUUUUAAGAAUGUCGGGCUGGCCCCCUUUUAAUAACUUUAAUAUAUUGUGAAUACCAUUUUAUUGUGAAACUUAAACAAAAAGAUUUAAUUUACCUUUUUAAAUAAAACAGGAAACCUGUAGACCAAUCUACUUACAUAGUGUUUAUUUAUUUAUCAUUUAACUUUAUCUAUUUAAACGAUCCACUAGAUCCCAAGUCGCUGGUGUGCAGGGAGUAUAAAAUUGUCUUGUUCACCACCUCGUGCCACCUCUGGUAAUACUUGUAUUUUUCUUUAUAAUUUUGCUCAGCUGUUUCCUAGGCCUUUUGUUAUUAAAAUAAUAUAAUUUUAGGGCACGAGGGGCGUAUCAGCACAAAAAAAAUUGUUCUGCAACCGAAUGUAAUGAGGCCGGGACAUGAAUCUAAAUCGCUUACUGUGCUCGGUGCAUUACAGGUAAAAAGUGUACAAAAACCAACAUAAAAGGAAGAAGUGAAACAAGAUGGUCGCUUAAACAUCUAGCUGUUACAAAUAUAUUAAAUAAUUUACCGCAGGUUGUUAAAGCUCUGGAAGAAAUUGAAGAAUCCUCUCUUGCCGCAGAACCUAAGUAUAAAGCUGGUCAUCUAAUACAUGCGGUGAUGGAUUUUAAAUUUAUCAUCAUUUUAACAAUUAGGCCUCGUAUUCUUCGAGAGAUUAAUAAAGUUAACGUCUAAAUACAGAAAAAGGACAUCAUUUUGAGUUCUGUGGAGCUAAUGCAAGGUAUUGUUAACAUCAUGCAAAAAAUGAGAGAAAAACCAAUAGAAAAUUCGAUCAAAGAAGCUGCACCUGUAUCAGAAAUGUUGUAACUCGAGCUAGUCGUCAAAAGCAAACGACAUUCCAAAAAGAAAAGACAACACGACGAAAUCUGCGAGGACGAAUAAAGAACACUAGACCCCACUGAGUUAUUUUCCAAAGAUAUAAAAGUAGUGUUUGACAACAUUUUAACAUAAAUUAAAACAAGGGUGGAUUGCGCAAAGAGUCUACAUGAAAACGUCGCCUUCCUCAGUGGCCACGCGUUUUUAAAUGUUUGGACUGAGGAUCUGCAGAAAAAUAAAGCCGAUCUAGCACGAAUAUAUUCUAAAGACUUAAAUGCAGCUGAUUUUUGCCAGAAAAUCGCCGUAUUCGAAAAGCAAGUAACUGAAAUUAAUGAAAAAUCAAGUUCUUUUGAUCUGUUACAACAUCUGACUUGCAAGAAGUCUUUCCAAAUGUUAGUAUAGCUUUAAGGAUCUACUGCACAUGACCAACGACAUCUGCAGGUUGUGAGCGAAGCUUCAGCGAACUGAAAAUAAUUAAAAGCUAUCUGCGUACAGCAAUGAGUUAGGAACGUCUAUCUUGUCUCGCGAUCCUAGCCAUUGAAAAUAAAACUUCCUGUGAGAUAAACUUUGAUGAUCUAAUAGAUUCUUUAGCAGGAAGGAAAACACGCCGUGUAAAGCUAUAGCAAGAUUAGAGAGAAACUAAUUAUGGGAUCUAAAGAUUGAAAAAUGUGUACUGUAUUGAUUGCCUGUUGUCUUUAAUGGUUAUAUGUUUCUAAAGUUUUAUUUUACGUCACACAAAAGAGAACGUUAUUAGCUAAUAAGUAAUAAAGAGUGCAAAUUAUUGAAGAGUUCCUAUUCUUACGGUCACAAAAAAUCCCACCCAGUAUAUAUUUGUGAGUUUUUUGAAAUUAUUUCUCUAAAACGCGUUUGAAAAAAGUGGUAUAUCCGGGUCUGAGGCAUAGCGUCCGUCAUAUUUUGACGAGGCCGAUAGUACCAGCAAUAAAUUAUAACUAUAAUUAUUCUACUUUGCUCAACAUCUUUGAGAACUUCACGGUAUUUUGUUUUAGUUAAAUUUAUGAUACGCGCUAUAAAUUUGCUAUACAAUAGAACAUUUGAUUUGAAUUUGGGUCCUAAAUAUUUUUCAUUUCAGCUAUUUAGGUGCCCUAAAUUAUAAGUAAAAUUGGCCUUAAAUAAGGCCAAUUUUAUUAUUUUAACUAAGAAAUAAUAGAUUAUUGUUUGCGUUGAGUGUUAUAUAUUAUUUGUAUUUUUUCAAGGCUAAUGUUGUGCUUUGUGAUUAUUGCAGUGUACACGUAUGUUGUUUAAAUAUUGCAUCGUUUGUUUUUAACAUCACUUUACAAAACUAGAUAGUUUUGGACCAAGUAAAUUUAAAGUUAUACCAGAGAAUUAUUAUUGGUUUUUUAAGUGUAACAUCUUAGCUCACGGUAUACGGCAUUUAGUAGGAGUAAUUUGUAGAAUGGAACGGAGGUCGCUUGAAACGUAAAUAUAUAACCACGGUGCUGCCAUCUGUAGUGGAUGGUGCAAAACAAAGUUGACAGAGCGAUAGGAAAACGUUAUCGUAUUACCUGUUUAAUGACUUUUAACAAGAUGGGCAGUAUUUUAAUAAAAUCUCUGUAGCGAGCCGUGUCUUAUUUUGCCACGUUUAGCUGCGUAUAUAUGUUUCAUAUAAUUCAAUUUGUUGGCUUCCACUUGCAAAUAUGAAUAUAACAACCACUGUUGGGUCAAUUUUCCAGCGCCAAUGAAAGGUUUAAAUUAUUCGCGAAUAGAUGUUAAGGCACAUUUGAAUUGUAGCAUGCUAAUGUUUUUGCGAACUCUAUACAAUUGAGCACCUUCAUUGCACUGGCAAUAUGGUUGUCAUCCUAGUGUAUAAAGAAUUUAAACCAGAGCUAGGAAGAUUAUUAUUAUUAGACAAUGUUAUUUUUCAAUAUGUGCUUCAUUAAAAACAAUAAUAAUUUUCAGCAUUUAAUUUAUAUGUUGGUAAUGCGUUUAGUAUACACAGUACCAAAAUAAAUGUUUUUUAAAGUAAAUAUUUCUUGUAUAUUCAAUUAAAGCGUUUGUUAUAUUCAUCAUUUCUCCACGGGCGCCUUAGGCUUCUUACAAUUAACUAGUAUAAUUGUAGAAGGACUUGUUGCCACGGCGAUUUCAGCAUCAUAUUUGCACUCGAACGUCUUUGUUGCCGACUUGGUGCUCAAAUAUUCAAUUAUUCUCUGAUUUUGGGAUUGAAACAGAGUGUGAUGCUGCGCCACUGAUCAAAGCAAUAGAGUUAACCUAUAAGAAAAAGAAAACCAUUCCUAAAGAUACGUUAAAAUAAAUGUGAAACGGAGGACAUCAUUGUCUAAACUCACUUUAACUUAACUACAAUAUUUGUGACGAGUAAACGUUAGCGUGCGAGAGAUAAACGUAUGUUUAUCAAAAUAAAAACUUAAAAUUCAUUGAACAGUGUUUUAUAUUCAUAAUCAAAAUUCAAACUAGAUCAUCUAUUUUAAAAAUAAGAUUCUAAACAAUAAAAGCGUACAAACUUUAAGGCAUGAAAAUAAUGUUAAUGUUUAAAUCUCUGUAUUAAUUCUUAUAAUUAUGCAAGUUACUAAAAUUGGUAUAAAAUAUUCCCAUAGAGUGUAGCAACGUGCAUUUAAAAAAAAUGUUUGGUUUAAUUUCUAAACCUAUACACAAAAAAAAAUUCUAACAGCGUGCGUUUUCUUGAAAGGUUGGUACUGCUAUUGGCAAGAAAGUCACUGACAUUCUAACAGGAUGUACGUCAAUGCCGUGUUGAACGUUCCGUCAAAUCAGUGAUGUGAUGAGAACAUUUAGGUAAUUACAGCAUGCGAACUAUCAUUAGAAUGUUGAUAGAAAAGCAGCGGAAUUAACAGCAACACAUAAAUACGUAAUUUCUAGAAGGCGAAAAAUUUUCCCCUCCGUCCUUAACGCCAAAACGCGCCAGCUCACCUGCCGGCUGUUUACAUAAAAGCUCGUGAACCUUGAGAGGGGGGACAAUUACAUUGCCAUCGUCUGAGGGACGAGGUCACACGGCUGCCAAAUAUUUCCAAGGUAAAUUACCGUUCAAACGACCACGAUUUUCACGUAAUACACACAAACAAACACACACACACUUACUCACUCCUGCCUCGGGCGUUAUAAAUAACAUACGAUGGUUAAUAUCGGUCGUACGGGAGGGAUAAUGGAAGGCAAAAAAAAAAUUAAAACAAACUUAACCCACAUAAUAAAAAUUAACUGGAGAUGUAAAAAAGGCGUAUCUAUGUACGCUCGUUCGAAGUUGUACUUCUUUGUGAUUUAAGAUAUUGACUUAUUAAAAAAUUUAUUGUAACAAUAAUUAAUUAAAUAAAUGCUCAGUAUCCAAUGCCAAUAUAAACAUGUGUAAAAAUUAUUUAUUUAACUGGAUAAAAUAAAGGAGAUGAAUUUUAAUUUAUAAUUAAAAUAAAUAAAUUUGAAGAAUGUUUAUCAUUAUUUAUUAAUUUUGUGUAUAAAUACUCGUAUAUGUUUCGAUGCCACAUUACAUAUUUAACAGUCAGCAGCUGAGAGGCCACUGACAAGAGUUUUUCUGUGUCCCGAGGCUGCUUCGGCAUGUGGGCGGGAGGCCGUACCACCUGCAGGUGAUGUCAUUAACUGAUGGGAGUAGGAAAAGAACCAACGUUUUCACGACAACAGACUGAAAAAUGUUUAACCAACAGGCAGCAGACGAAAAAUCGUUUGACUGACAGACAGUAGAUCGAAAGUAGGGUUGCCGAAAGUCUUCAACAGAAAAGUUAUUUGACUGAGUGUCAUUUGAUCGAAAACCCUAAAAUUAUUUCCAUUAGUUAAAUGUUCUAACUCUUGCAAUAUGGAAUUUACCGGUACACUGAAACGCCGAAAGUCGUUUUUUUCUGAAAAUGGUUUAACCGAAACGUCAUUUGACUGACAUUAGUUUGACCGGAAGUCUUUCUCCAUCAUUUCGAAGAAAUGACUUUCAAUCUACUAACUUCUAUCCGAUCCUAACCUAUUUAUAUCAUUAUAAAUGCUUUAGAAGAUUAAAUUGGUACGCAAAGUAAUACAUUCAAAUACAUUUAGAUGUACAAAGACGAUAAGUGGUUUGUUUUUACAUCCGAAUAUAACCAACUGUGGCAAGGUGAACCAUUGAUAGUUCCGUAUUGUCUUCCGCAGCGUAAAAGAAACACAAUACACAGUAAUAAAGGUUUCCCGGCCAGAAUUUGAACCCAGGACCCUUGGCUCAUCACUAGAAACCAGAAUAAUUAGUGGAAUUAUUCCACAAGUUUCUAAAAUACAAAUAAUUAUACCUUUGGGCUGCUUCUGCUAUAGACUCUGUUAAUCUGCAGGACUGUGGGCUAACUAGUGUGCCUCAGUCAAAUAAGUAUUUACUAACGAGCUACCCAGUUGAGACGUCUCACAGGCCACCAGCCAAUGCGCAGGGGACAUUUGUCUAAGUGUGCAGAGAAUAGUGGAGUUUAUCCUGGAGGUCACUGAACCCGCGAAUUUUUUUCCAGUCCCCACUCAUCAACCCAAAAUUAAGUUGGGUCUAACACGCCAUGACGAUUUUUUUAAAAUUUUUCUCAUCAUUACUAUUAGCUAAAUGCUAUUUCUGUAAAUUUAACACUAUAUCUCUUUUGCAUUUGUUUUUCUGUUACAAAUAAUAUCAACAUUUAUUUACUAAAUGUUAUUUAUAUAAUAGUUGUAAAAUGUCGCGCAAGUUUUUGUAUUUGUUAUUACUUGCGCGACAUUUUACAGAAAUUAUAUCGCACUUGGUAAUAUCUCUUAAAAUAUAUAUAGUAGUGAACUGAAAAUGAAAAAAAAAGUGGCUUGUGAGACCCCACCUUAAGCUACUCAGUAGACAGAUCGAACUAAUCUACGAUAUCGUAUAUUAAUUCAUUUAUUUUACAAUGUAAACAAAACACUUUCAUCAGAUAGAGCCAACGCCAUUAUUCUCUAAGUGGACUCUGCUAAUGACUCUCCCAAAUCAUUUAAUUAUUGUUAUGGACCUGAAAAAUUCGCGUUUUCGUUGACCUUCAGGAUAGUCUACAUAGUCCUCUGUCUAAUCGGACAGAUAGCGCCAGUUCAUUGGCUUCUGACUUGCGAGUCGCCUCAAAUGGUUUGCAUGUGAUUCCAUACUUCUUUGGUUGAGGGUUUCUCAUUGACCCAGAGGCAAAAACAGAUUAAAGGUAUCUGCAUUCGAAUUUUACACUACCGCGUAAUCCAUUCACAAUUUCUUUUAGGUCGAUAUUUAUUGUCAUUAGAAUCGCAGCUCUCAAUGGAAAGUCGGAUACGGUCCCUCGAGGCUAGCAAGUAGAAACCAGUAAUAUUAAAGUUAUUAUUUAUCAUCAGGCUAGAAUUGGAACAGUUAAACAUUUUAAUAACAUCUGCCAUUGGUUCACGGGUUAUUUGACACUCCCUGAAGGAUUAAGUAUAAUCAGAGACUGGAAAAAUUUGCGUUUUCCAAGACAUCCAGGAUACACUCCAAUGUCAUUUGUACACGAGGGCAAAUGUCACCUUGACGCCAGCCGAUAGUGCGCCUCUUAGUCGCACAGGCCGCAAUGCCUCUCCGACGCCUCUCAAAGCCGUGUGCCACGAACACGUCCGCGCGUGCAACAUGGUGCAACGAGUGUGAGUGCACCGAACGAACCGCAGCUAGAACCACUACCGGCCACAUCGGCGGAAGCACUCCGCCGGGUGUGGCAAUGUGCUUCCGCCAGACUAUAGCAUUCAAGGGCACAUGUUUUCUCCCACAGACAUAAGCUAUAUAAUGUAUAAUUUGUCAAACGUUUUUACUUAUUAAUGCAAUUGUUCAACGUGCGAAUAUGUCCUAAACUUGGCCGCGUCUGUUCCCCGCGCGCUGCGCUGUUAGCGCGCAAUCAGUAGGCCCGCUGUAGCGCCGCGCUACACGAAGUUCUGAGUAUCCACCGGGAGCUCGGAGAGGCUGGUCGUCUCCGCGCAACGUUGAGAGGUCAACUUCGCGCCAAUUCCGCAGCCUCAUCUAGAGCUGUCGCUGUGAAUCUCCCGUCUCCUGUAUUUCCUUGUGGUCGUGUGCCAUGUUCGGGGUCUUGUGCCUCCUUGUUUUUGCCUACUCCUUCGCUCUUGGAAGAGUUACGGUAAAUCAUUUGAAUUCUGGUAUUCUCUUCGAAAAACAAGAUUCGCUCAUCUUUUCGGACAAUGUUUAUUCCAUUGUGCUUGACUUCAAUUUAGUUCAACUUGAAAAUGAAAGUAAACAAUUGGAUGUUUUCCUGAACAAAGUUAUUUCACUGAAUAGUGGUCAUCACGAUGACGAAGCUUGGAAUCAGAAUUUUGCGUUUGUGGUCAAACAACUACAAGAAAACUUUAUUGCAUACAAAACUGAGACUAUAGCUUUAACUUCACUUCUGCCCCAUCACCGUAGAAGGCAAAAACGUGGUUGGUUUAAUUUCGGUGGUUCUAUAUUGAAGACAGUUUUCGGUACCCUAGAUAGUCAUGAUUUGAUUGUCUUGGAGAAAAGACUGAAAGUGGUUAACGAGAAUAAAGAUGACAUUUCUAGCAGUAUGUUACAUCAUAUGAUUGUGGUCAAGAAUUUAGAAGACAGAGUUAUAAACAACACUAUUCUCAUUAAAAAUUUGGCGUUACAUUAUCUAAAUAGCCAUAAUGAAUUUUACAAAGCUUUGAACAGCUCCAUCUAUGAAGUCUGGGACAAAAUCACAUUAAUAAGUUGGAGAAUUGAUCUAAAUACCCUUUUUUUUAGGGUUAGUGAGACAUUAUCUAGUGCUCGGCUGGAAAUUUCCGAUCUAAGACAAGCUAUUGAAAACAGUGUUCAUGGACAACUAAGUUCCACUCUUCUAACACCCACUGUGUUUAUUGAUCUUUUGUUUAACAUUCAACAGUAUAUUGCCCUACCCUUGCAUAUGUUGGCUACAAUUUCGCAUGAUAAUCUCUACAUGUUUUAUGGUUUGAGUAAAGUCCAAGCCAUCGUCUAUAAUGGUUCAUUAAAUGUCAUUGUUAACGUGCCUCUAGCAAACAAGGAUAUCAGUUUUGAGGCUUAUAACAUUUUCGCCUUCCCAUUUUUCUCUUCUGAGUUCAAACAUUAUCUCUUACUCAACGUGCACGAUACUUUGUUGGUUAGUCCAGACAGAAAAAUAUUUCCUCCUGUGUUUUCUUCUUCUCUCUUGGGUUGUAAAAAAUACGGUGUAACCUUAUGUUCCCCGACCUUUCCGUUUUUUGAUGCUCAUGUCAGUAAUUGUGAGUUUAACCUUUUUCAGGGUAAACCCACUUAUGAAAUUUGUGAUAAAAGCUUUGUUUCACUGGAUUUACCUUUCCUUAUAAAAACCAAUACACUCUGGUUAUUCACUAGUAAUCAUUCAUUGGAUGUUACCUUACUGUGUCGACCAACUGCGGAGUCAUUUCCACCUUUAACUAUUUCUUUAAUGGGUAGUGGAUAUAUAAGUAAUGUUUCCCAUUGUGACAUUGUAAGCCCAUUUUUCAAAACUUUCGGGUCAGUCAUUUCUACUUUUCAUUUCAAUCUAACUUUACCUUCUAUUCACAUCCCAAAAUUUAAUUUUAACCUCAGCAAGCCGUCCUUUGCAUCACUCCCUAAUUUAACCAUCAAUGCUUCUCUUAUUAAGAAUAUUAAUGGUAUGUUAAAGUCCCGUCCUAACGGUGCUCCUUUUCAUGAUGUAGUUAAUCUCUUUCGUCCGAAGCAACAACACGUUGAGUCCUACUCUCACUUUAACCUUGCUGCCAUAUCCAUAUCCACCCUGGUCUUAAUUUGUAUCCUCAUUUUGAGCAUUAUCCUUUUCUUGAAGUUGCGCUCCAUCUCAACCACCCCCCCAAAUCCUUCACCUCCUAUCCCUUCCGGGACAAUGUUGUUUCCCUUAGCCUCGUCUUCUAAUGUGGAAUAGUAAUUUUUUUAUAUAUAAAGCUAAGUGUUUAUGUGGGUAUUGUUGUAAUUGGGAUGUUAUUUUAGAUUUGGAACUUAUUAACUGUUGCCACUCACCGGCUGUUGCCCUUUGAGGGGAGGAGUGUGUGCCAUUGCACAUUUGUAGUAAUGCGCAUGCACACUUUAUCUAUUUUAUAGUUAUUGUUUUUAUUUUAUUUUGUAUAGCAAACUAGGAGCCAUAAUUUUUUUUAAUUCUUGAAUUUGUAAAUCAUUUUGUAACCAACA